GCUCACAGUUAUCACAGUAAGAAGAGAAGAUUCCAAUGGAUCCAGUUGUGGCCCUGUUCCUUGGUGUUUCCUGUCUGCUUCUCCUCUCACUCUGGAGACUGAAAUCAGGGAAGGGGAGGCUCCCUCCUGGUCCCACUCCUCUCCCAAUUAUUGGAAAUAUCCUGCAGAUAGAUGUUAAGGACAUCAGCAAAUCCUUAACGAAUCUGUCAAAAGUUUAUGGGCCUGUGUUCACUCUGUAUUUGGGCAUGAGACCCAUUGUGGUGUUGCAUGGAUAUGAAGCUGUGAAGGAAGCCCUGGAAGAUUUUGGGGAGGAAUUUUCUGGAAGAUAUUCUAUCCCAAUUAUAAAAAGAAGUAAGAGAAACCUUGGUAUCGUUUUCAGCAAUGGAAAGACAUGGAAAGAGACCAGACGCUUCUCCCUCAUGACCCUGAGGAAUUUUGGGAUGGGGAAGAGGAGCAUUGAGGACUGUGUUCAAGAGGAAGCCCGCUGCCUUGUGGAAGAGUUGAGGAAGACCAAUGGCUCACCCUGUGAUCCCACCUUCAUCCUGGGCUGUGCUCCCUGCAAUGUGAUCUGCUCCAUCGUUUUCAAGAACCGUUUUGACUACCAAGAUCCAGAUUUUCUCACCUUGAUAAACAUGUUGAAUGAAAACGUCAGGAUUCUGAGCUCUGCAUGGAUGCAAGUCUGCAAUACUUUCCCUGCUCUCACUGAUUAUCUUCCAGGGAGUCAUAACAUUUUAAUAAAAAAUAUGAAUUAUGCAAAAAAUUAUAUUUUGGAGAAAGUAAAAGAACAUGAAGAAUCCCUGGAUGUUAAAGAUCCCGGGGACUUCAUUGACUGUUUCCUGAUAAAAAUGGCCCAGGAAAAGGACAAUCAAGCAUUGGAGUAUAUGCGUGAAAACUUGGUGGUUACUACAACUGAUUUGUUUGUUGCUGGCACAGAGACAACAAGCACAACGCUGAGAUAUGCCCUCCUGCUCCUGCUGAAGCACCCACAGGUCACAGCUAAAGUCCAGGAAGAGAUAGAAAGUGUGAUUGGCAGACACCGCAGCCCCUCCAUGCAGGACAAGAACCGCAUGCCCUACACAGAUGCUGUGUUGCAUGAGAUUCAGAGGUACAUUAAUCUCCUUCCAGUCAGCCUGCCCCAUGCAGUGACCUGUGAUGUUAAAUUCAGAAACUACCUCAUUCCCAAGGGCACAGUCAUAUGGACAUCACUGACAUCAGUGCUCCGUGACAACAAAGAAUUCCCCCACCCAGAGACAUUUGACCCAGGGCACUUUCUGGAUGAGCAUGGCAACUUGAGGAGAAGUAACUACUUCAUGCCUUUCUCUACAGGAAAACGGAUGUGUGUGGGAGAAAGCCUGGCCCGCAUGGAGCUGUUUUUAUUUCUGACCACCAUUUUACAGCACUUUCACCUGAAAUCUCUGGUGGACCCAAGGGAACUUGAUACCACCCCAGUAGCCAAUGGCUUUGUCUCUGUGCCUCCGUCAUACCAGCUCUGCUUCAUUCCUGCCUGAAAAAGAGCAGAGCGUCUGACCGCUGUUGUGUUUCUGUCUGCAAUCCCUUCCUGCAGGGCAUGGUCUACUUCCUUUCCCCAUCUGAGAUGCGCUCUUGACCUCUCCUCAUGUGUCUUCUCAUUCUCUCAAAUUUCAGGGGACACACAUCCUCCUUAUGGAUAUUUUUCUGGGUUAUUGUACAGAUAUACCUGGUAUUUCCUGUGUUCUAUAACACUUGUACUGACCACUUUAAGUGAUUACAUAUGUCUAAUGCUGAGUUAUUGAUAUGUUAUCAUUGUAAAACAUCAUGGUCAUUAGGAUAUGAUCUGUUAGAACCAUCAAUCCCCUGCAUGUUCUUAGUAAAAGCAUUAUUGAUUUCUGGA